UAAGUUGAAUCCGAACGACAAGCGUUUUGCUCGGUAAAGCCAGAGAAAACGCAUGGUCGCUUUAGUGCAACGCAUUGCUUGCGGUGAAAGGGAACGGCGAUCUCGACGAAUGGAAUUUGUCCAUUCAAUCAAUCGGGAAUUUUAGCGCCACGAUCAGUCUCGCGGAUCAGCUGGACUAGGGCGUUCCUCUCGAUUUCGCGAAGCACGUCAAUCGACAUCUUCAUUCGACAUCGAAUCCAGAAUCUGCAAAACCCUAAAGCCGGCACUCGUCUGCUCGCCGCGAACGGCUCGCGGAUCCAUCGUCGGAGGACGGAGCCGCUCGGUUCAGGACUUGAAGAUGGAGGAACUCUUCGUGGCCAUACUCUCGAUGCUUCUUGUUUUGGCGCUUAUUCCGCUGUUUGUAUGGAAGCGGCGAAAGGAUUCUUCAUCAACUGAUACACAUGAAGAAGAACCAGAUCAGGUCCAACAGAGAGAAACCGUGGUGCGUGCAUCUGGGACCCGUCGGAUGCGUCGGAGACCGGCUUCUGGGGCUAGCACUUCAUCUGCAGUGCCAGAAGCAACUGUAGAAGAUGAUGAUGAUGAUGGAAGUGAUGAAGAUGCUAUGGCUGGUGACUAUUAUGAGGCUAAAGCAUCAAAGAAGAAAGGAAAGAGACGGCAAGAGCGGGAAGCCCAAAGACAGGCUGACGAGGUUGCACGCGAAUCAAGGAAAACAAAGCAAGAUCGCUAUGCAGAAAUGCGAAGGAGAAAGGAUGAGGAGCAUGAGGCAAAGGAACGAAUGCUGGAGGAAGAGGCCAAUGCUAGGAAGGCCAGGGAGGAGGAAGCCGCUGCAUUGGAUUUUGAAAAGUGGAAAGGGGAGUUCUCAGUUGAUGCUGAAGGUACAACAGAGAAUGAUGUCCAAGAUGGAAGUCAGGGGUUGCUUUCUGAUUUUGUUGAAUACAUAAAGAAGCACAAAUGUAUUCCCCUAGAAGAUCUUGCUGCAGAGUUUAAGCUAAGGACUCAGGAAUGUAUUAAUAGGAUAGCAUCCCUGGAGAGCAUGGGCCGCCUUUCUGGCGUGAUGGACGAUAGAGGGAAAUAUAUAUACAUAUCAUUAGAAGAAAUGAAAGCUGUCGCAGAUUACAUUAAGCGUGAGGGGAGGGUUAGCAUCUCACAUUUAGCAAGCAAGUCCAACCAGUUCAUCGAUUUGGAGCCUAAAGCCCAGUUUGUGGAGGAAAUCAGUAGCAUGGAAGAGAUCACCGUCAACUAACAGUCUCUCCAGUACAGUGGGUAAACAAGUUUAACCUUUUCUUUUUGGACAAAGGUGAAUGAGAUUGGCUGAUCAAAGUGUAAUUUGUAUUUUUCAUGUCCAGUUGCAUCUUCUUUGUUAGUCAGGGCUCAGAAGUUCUCAGGUAGAUUUUGAUUUGAAUCCAUGGAUUGAGAAUCUUUCAGGAUCAGGCGUGGGAUGUCUGGUUUGUUAUACUUCUGUUCUCAUCCAUCAAAAUGGAUUCUUUUCUACCUCUUUGAAGACCGAAGUAGAUCUAAAAGAUCAUUGCUCUCCCCCAAUAGUUUUCCUCUUAUCUGUGCCCAAAGUUUAUCUAUUCUUCUUUUCCUGA